GUCCAAGGUUCGCUUGCGAAUGUAGUUCCAGUAUUUUUGCAUGUAGUUGUUAAUCGCAUUUUAUUAUAAUUUCUUUUCACCUAAGUUGUAUUUGUACCUGCGGUUUAGAUUGCUUUAAGGUUUAUCGACGGUUUUGUGAAUCAGGUUAGAGGACUGAGGAGAUUUGAAAGGAUGGCAGAACCAGAGGACGUUUCGACUGAUGACUGUCUGACCACCUACACACACAUCUACAGUCCAGACCUGCUGAAGGAUCACGUAGCAUUUAUAACAGGUGGGGGCUCUGGUAUUGGCUUCCGUAUUGCAGAAAUCCUAAUGAGGCAUGGUUGUGAUACUGUUAUCGCCAGCAGGGACCUGAAGAAACUUACUGAGGCUGCAAAAAAGCUGACCAGUUCUACAGGCAGACAUUGCUUGCCUAUGCAGAUAGAUGUCCGUCAACCAGAUACCAUCUCCACUGCCAUUGAUGAGACACUAAAGGAGUUUGGACGUGUUGACAUUCUCAUUAACAACGCAGCAGGAAACUUUCUGUGUCCAGCCACAUCUCUGUCCUUCAACGCCUUUAAGACCGUUCUGGAGAUUGACACCAUGGGAACCUUUAACACCAGCAAAGUUGUUUAUGAGAAGUGGUUUAAGGAUCAUGGCGGCUCCAUUGUGAACAUCUCAGCCACUCUCGGAUACAAGGGCCAGGCAUUGCAGGUGCAUGCUGGUUCUGCAAAAGCUGCUAAUGAUGCCAUGACAAGGCACUUAGCAGUGGAGUGGGGUCCCAGUGGUGUGAGGGUAAACACAGUGUCACCAGGACCCAUCUCUGGCACAGAGGGCUACCGCCGGCUCGGUGGUGCCCAGGCAGAAAGCGCUGGAGUUUUUCGGAGUAUUCCGCUGCAGAGGGCGGGAAAUAAAACCGAAAUGGCACACGCUGUUCUGUUCUUGGCAAGUCGUGCAUCGUCGUAUGUUACAGGUGCCACAGUGGUAGCUGAUGGAGGGUCGUGGCUUACGUCAGCCAACGAUGUGGAGCGCCUGCUGGGUAUACAAUCAACUCCAUCUGCUAAACUCUGAAAGGCAGCACCGCACAGGUGUUUGGGAGGAGAAGAGGAAGGACAAAUAAAUCUCAUUUAAAAAGUCCAUCACAGUUGGUUUAUUUUAUUUAGUUUAUUGGGCACCUUUUUAGGUCUUAAAAUUGGAAGCUGCUAUAAUCUAAUCUUAAAAUAAGUUGGGUCAUCUUUAACCUGUAUUUGGUUAGUAUUUGGCUGCACAAAGCAGCUUAGAGACACAUCUGAAGCUCUCAGUGUUUCCAUGAAUAAUGAUAAAUUUUUAUGAUGAUAAAAUAAAAAGUAAUACAUGUUUUUAGUAAGAAAUUGAUGAUGGGUUCUACCAAACUCCUGUCGCAUGGUUUGCAUGUGUAAUGAAUUGCAGGGCCGAGGGUUACUCCCUUCAGCCAUUUAUAAUCGAUUCACAAAUCUGAUUCUGCUCAGAUCUACAAUAUGUUGUAUGGUGGUAUGUAAACAUGAACUUUUACAGAACCAGUCUCUCUCUAGAUUUCUGAACAGCCUUGGUUUUUACUAAUAGACCUUAUAGUGAGUAGGUAUACCUAAUGAACUGAUAACUGAAAUAUUGGAAGACUUUUUGUGCUUAGAUGUUUCAUAGUAUGUUGCAUGGCACAGGGUUGUAUUGUCAUGUCAUACUGUGCCUUGAUUUCUUCAAGCCUAAUUCCUAAAAGCUACCAGUUUUAUAGUAUUGAUAACCAGCAUUUCUGUGUGCUGUAAUGGUAACACUAAAUGUGAGAAUGAUGUAAAUGACUAAAAUGUUUUCAGGAAAAAGAACACUGCACAUAGUUUGGUAUUAAUUAUUUCCCUUAAUAAAUCCUUUGUAAUUCUUUCUGAA